AUGAUUGCUAUAAGUUGGAAUGCUCGAGGGUUGGGGAAACCGAGCAAAUUCCGUCAACUGCGCCUGCUUAAUUCUCAACAGGCUUUCCAUUUAUUGUUUCUUAUGGAGACAAAGUUAUCUACUGGGUCUAUUAAUAAGAUUAGAGUUGCUUUGAAUUUUCCCAAUGGCUUUGAAGUUCCUAGGAGGGGUCUUGGGGGUGGAUUAAUGUUGUUAUGGAAAGAUAAUAUUGAUGUAACUUUGCUGAAUUAUUCAAUGAAUCAUAUUACUUGCUAUGUUCAGUGUGACAAUAUUCCCAAGUUCCAUUUUUCUGGUUUUUAUGGUGCAGCCGAAACACAAUUAAGACCUCAUACUUGGAGAGUUCUCAAGAGACUUGCUGACAUUUUCCCUAUUGACCCUUGGUUGGUAAUGGGGGACUUUAAUGAAAUUUUCUCCCCUGAUCUCAAAGUUGGUGGUGCCACUAGAGACCUUACAUUAAUUGAUAAUUUCCAUGAGGCAGUGAAUUAUGACCACAGGGCACUCAAAACUGAAUUCCACACCAGCAAUGACCCUCCUCUUAACCAGAAAUUCAGAUCACGUUUUCGCUAUGAAGCUCUUUGGCUCAACGAUCCUGAAUGCAAUGAAAUCGUUGAUCGACAUUGGACUACUUCUGACCAUAAUUCUCUACACCAAGCUGUUCAGAAUAUUCACACUGUUUCCUCACAUCUGCAAUCAUGGCACAUUAAUAAAUAUGGUAAUAUGAGGAGGAAAAUAUCUAAUGCUCAGAAAAAAGUCUCAGAUCUCAGAGCAUCUGAUAUCUCUAGUCAAGCUUUCUUCUCUGAUCUUCAUCAAUCCGAACGAAUCCUUGAUGAUCUUCUUGAGCAAGAAGAAACUUAUUGGCACCAACGUUCUCGUAUUAAUUGGUUAAAAGCUGGUGAUGCUAAUACCAAGUAUUUUCACUCCCGAGCUUCUGGUAGAAAAGCCAAUAACCACAUCAAAAAGCUUCAGACUAAUAAUGGAGAGUUAGUGACUGGUUUGUAA